AUGGGACAAAAAAUAAAUCCACUUGGUUUCAGACUUGGUACAACCCAAAGUCAUCGUUCCUUUUGGUUCGCACAAACAAAAAAUUAUUCCGUGGGUUUACAGGAAGAUGAAAAAAUACGGAAUUGUAUCAAGAACUAUGUACAAAAAAAUAGGAGAAUAUCCUCAGGUUUCGAAGGAAUCGCACGUAUAGGAAUUCAAAAAAGAAUCGAUUUGAUCCAGGUCAUAAUCCAUAUUGGAUUCCCAAAUUUAUUAAUAGAGGGCCAAACACGAGGAAUAGAAGAAUUACAGAUGAAUGUACAAAAGGAACUUCAUUCUGUGAACCGGAGACUCAACAUUGCUAUCACAAGAAUUGAAAAACCUUAUGGACAACCAAAUAUUCUUGCAGAAUAUAUAGCCUUACAGUUAAAAAAUAGAGUUUCGUUUCGAAAGUCAAUGAAAAAAGCUAUUGAAUUAACUGAACAAACAGAUACAAAAGGAAUUCAAGUACAAAUCGCAGGGCGUAUCGACGGAAAAGAAAUUGCACGUGUCGAAUGGAUCAGAGAAGGUAGGGUUCCCCUACAAACAAUUCGCGCUAAAAUUGAUCAUUGUUCCUAUACAAUUCGAACUAUUUAUGGAGUAUUAGGCAUCAAAAUUUGGAUAUUUGUAAACGAGUUUGGAUAUUUGUAA